CCGCCUCAGCAACAUAACGCUAUCGAUAACUUAGCGGCUCAAAUUGGAUUAUUAAUCCAACAGAUGCAGGUUGCUCCUGCUCCACAAGUUAACUACAACGCCCCGAACUGGAAACUGAAUUUGGUAGCUUAUCCCGAUUUUACUGGAGGAGAUCAAGACCCCGUAUCUUGGUUGGAUGAGGUAGAAAAAGCUUUUGCCGCUAAUUUGGUUAGCAAUGACUGUCAGCUCCCAGUCAUUGUUCCGCAUCUUAAAGGUCCUGCAGCCACUUUGUGGGCAACAAUGCAGCAACCAUCUAACCCAAUUAAUUCUGGGACGAUCUGGUCCAACCCAAUACUAGCUUUCGACCACAUUUCAUACUCCAAUUUCGCACCCCCGCACUUGAAGGAAAGUGGUUUGCUCAACUGGCCUCUAGAAAGUAGCAAGAGAAACUUACUUUUUGACUCAUUGGAAGUAUUUGAGUUUCAAAUCAAUAAAGAAACAAGCCCUUCUAAUGAACAUAGAUUUCACGCGACUUUAAUAGACUUACCCCAAGAUUGGUAUCCUAGAGUCCUAGAUAAUUACAUUAAUGCUCCCUCUGGUCUUACACCUCCGUCUACUCCUACAAUUUCAAGUUCUGGCCCCAAUGGUGCUCCGCCGAUAAUUUUUCUCGAAAGUGACUCAGAUGAGUCAAAUAAUUCAAAUUUUGAUUGGUAUAAAACUAGAUGGAAAAAUAGAAAAGCAAAAACUUUAACUGUGACCUGCCAAUAUGAUUUAGCAGGAAAUGCUUAUUUAACCGAAGAAGGAGCUAAAAAAGAUUUACAGAGUCAUUUGGUUACCGAACCUGUAGAGAAGGAAGAAGUUGAAGAAAUUAGAGAUGUUUUUGAUUAUUAUUAUGGGGAAGAUUUAAAGAAAAGAAAUACAUAUCAAAUUGGAGAUCUUAGUACAGUCCAAGACAGUUAA